GACUGAGUGGUGGACAUAUCCUCGCUUCAGCCUCAGCUAUCAACUAUGUAGCAUAUGCAAGAAGCAACCCUGACUUGGACCACGAAGCAUCAUCAGGCAAAAAAUGCUGGAACAUACCUUGGGGGCACUGUUUCUCCUGACCCAGCUACUGUGGCAUGCUGGUGCUGCCAAGUGUGAAAAGAAUGACUACGGGAUCAAUGUAAUGGUACUGAAUAACUCUGAGUAUCCAGUGACUGCAGAGAACAUUGAACAAGCUGUGCAGCUGGGUCUGACACUGGUGAAAUACAUCUUGCAAGACCACAAUGUGAGUGCUCAUGUCAAUGCCACAUACGAUGGCUUCAACACAUCUUUCUAUUUCUCACAAGGCUGCCGCACCAGCACUUGUGAAGGUGUGGAUCUCAUCAGGCAACUCUAUACGGAGAGUAAGCUUGGCUGUGCUGUCCUAGGCCCUAUGUGCACCUUUGCCACAUACCAGAUGGUCUCUGUUGAGACAAUAUUAGACAUUCCUGUGAUCUCUGCUGGGACUUUUGGAACGUCUUGUGACUUCAAAGAAAGCCUAACCAGGUUGAUGACUCCAGCCAGAAAGGUGUCCUAUUUUUUGAUUGAAUUCUGGGAAAAUUCAAAAUUGCCAUUCAAAACAGUUGUUUGGAAUUCUGCUUACAUUUAUAAGAAGAAUGAAAACACAGAAGACUGCUACUGGUAUAUGAAUGCCUUGGAUGCUUCACCUACAUACUUUUCUUCAAAAAUUAAAUCCCGGGAAAUCCUAAGAAGCACAAAAGAGUUGCAGGACACAGUGAAAAAUUCCAAUCGAAAAAGCAAUGUGAUCAUCAUGUGUGGUACUCCAAAUGACAUCAAAUUUGCCCUAGGGGACCAAAGUGUGGAUAAGGACAUAGUUAUUAUCCUGAUAGAUCUUCACAGUAAUACGUAUUAUAAGAAUUCUAUGUCAGAGAAGUACAUGCAGAAUGUUCUUGUCCUGACGCUGGCACCAACAAACUAUAGUGCACUUUCAAACUAUAGUGGGAUUCCUGUGGAUCCUGAAGAUAUCAAAUUGCUGAAAGAUGACUUCCUUGUUGCCUAUUUGAAUGCUAUUCUGAUGUUUGGACAUGCCUUGAAAAAUCUUUAUUUCAAAAAAGAAUCAAUUCAAUCUAAUAACUUCAUUAAAGAAUUCCGGAAUGCCACUUUUCAAGGUAUUCUUGGUCCUGUAAUGCUGGAUGGGUAUGGAGAUAUUGAUGUCAAUUUCACUGUUAUGUACACAUCAGUGGACAGUCUUGAAUACAAGACCCUCCUAAAAUAUGACACACAUCGGAAUGGGACAAUAGAGGAGGCAGAAAAGCCAUCUUUCAUCUGGAGCAGAUACAUGCUGCCUGGUGAUGUUCCUAGCACUGGCCCACACAUCUUGACUAUAGCAGUUUUCACACUUACUGCCACAGUUGUGCUGGUUCUCAUCAUCGCUCUGCUGGUUCUGAGGAAAUACAGAAGAGCUUACCAACUCCAGCAAAAGAAAUGGUCCCAUAUUCCACCUGAGAAGAUACUGCCUUUGGAGACCAAUGAAACAAGUCAUGUCAGUCUGAAGAUUGAUGAAGACAAAAGGCGGGACACAAUGCAGAGGCUGCGUCAAGGCAAAUAUGACAAGAAGGUGAUUAUUCUGAAGGAUUUCAAACACAGUGAUGGAAACUUUACAGAGAGACAGAAAAUAGACCUAAACAAGCUCCUUCAGAUUGAUUAUUACAACCUGACAAAGUUCUAUGGGACAGUCAAGAUGGACUCGAUGAUCUAUGGAGUGAUUGAAUACUGUGAAAGAGGCUCACUGCGGGAUGUCUUAAAUGAUAAAAUCUCUUACCCUGAUGGCACCUUCAUGGACUGGGAAUUCAAAAUUUCUGUCAUGUAUGAUAUUGCUAAGGGAAUGUCCUAUCUGCAUUCAAGUAAAACUGAGGUCCAUGGGCGCCUGAAAUCUACAAACUGUGUUGUAGAUAACCGUAUGGUAGUGAAGAUAACUGAUUUUGGCUACAAUUCUAUUCUUCCACCAAAAAAAGAUCUCUGGACAGCUCCUGAACACCUUCGCCAUGGUGAUGUGUCUCAAAAAGGGGAUGUGUACAGCUAUGGGAUUAUAGCACAAGAAAUCAUACUGCGUAAAGAGACUUUCUACAGUAACGAUUGUCGGGAUCAUAAAGAAAAACUUUGCAGAGUAGAAAGCAGUGACAGAGCAAGACCAUUCAGGCCAGAUCUUUUACUGGUAACAGAAGGGGAGAAAGAACAAGAAGUGUACCUUCUUGUAAAAAGUUGUUGGGAGGAAGAUCCAGAAAAGCGACCAGAUUUUAAGAAAAUUGAAAUUACCCUAGCUAAGAUAUUUGGCGCCUACCACAGCCAAACCAAUGAAAACUACAUGGACACCUUAAUUCGACGCCUGCAGCUGUAUUCACGAAACCUGGAGCGUUUGGUGGAAGAGAGGACCGAGCUGUACAAAGCAGAGCGGGACCGAGCUGACAGGCUUAACUUCAUGCUUCUCCCACGGCCCGUGGUAAAGUCUUUGAAGGAAACUGGAUGGGUGAAGCCUGAACUGUUUGAAGAAGUCACCAUCUACUUCAGUGAUAUUGUGGGUUUUACAACCAUCUGUAAAUACAGCACCCCUAUGGAAGUGGUGGACAUGCUCAAUGACAUCUACAAGAACUUUGAUCACAUUCUUGACAAUCAUGAUGUUUACAAGGUAGAGACCAUUGGAGAUGCAUAUAUGGUAGUGAGUGGCUUACCAAAGCGGAAUGGCAACAGACAUGCCGUGGAUAUUUCCAUGAUGGCUCUGGACAUACUCAGCUUCAUGGGUUCCUUUGAACUCCAACAUCUUCCAGGCCUUCCUAUAUGGAUUCGUAUAGGAAUUCACUCUGGUCCGUGCGCUGCUGCUGUGGUUGGGAUUAAGAUGCCUCGCUACUGCUUGUUUGGAGAUACAGUAAACACAGCUUCAAGGAUGGAAUCUACAGGUUUACCUCUACGAAUACAUGUAAGUGGUUCCACUAUAGCUAUUUUCAAAAGGACAGACUGUCAAUUCCAGUAUGAAGAGCGAGGAGAGACAUAUCUGAAGGGCAAAGGAACUGAACUUACUUACUGGCUGACAGGCAUGAAGGACCAGAAGCAUAACCUUCCAACACCACCUUCUGUGGAGAAUCAACAGCGUUUGCAGGCUGAUUUUGCUGAGAUGAUAAUACAGUCUCUGCAGAAAAGACCAGCAGAAGAGUUCCAGGUGCGAGGGAUUUCCCGUGUAGCUAGCCGCAAAGGCACUCUGGAAUAUCUGCAAUUGGCUACCGUAGAAAACUCCAGCACCUUUCUGUAAACUGGAAUAAACUACAUGAUUCAAGAAUCCCAGGAUCUUAUACAUACUCCACAGCUUUGCAAUAUUGCAGAACACAGGAUGGUUGGGGAGAGAGACAUGAUCCUUCCUUUGAAUGUCAUCUGUCCAGUGCAAGGGGCUUCUCCAUGGAGGCUUCACCAAUGCACUGCUUGCUGUAACUGGGAAAUGACAAGAAAGAGGGUUACCAGCUAGUAUCUCUCUUCAUAUCCAGCUUGGGCUUUCUGGAUUAAUAUAGUGGUAUAGGAAGGGAGCAAUGCAGACACUCUUUCCCACAAAUCUUGUAUAAGCCAUUUUGAACAUAUAGGAAAGUAUUUUAGGUAAGUCAUUAAAUAAGCAGGAAAACAAACACACAUUGAAUGCAAUGUUUGAGACACAUUGUUUGAAAUCAUCUGGCCAUUCCCCUGCCUCUUUAGAAACUAAACACAGAUGUACUUUUUAGAAACUAGAGACAGGUGUAUUUUUAAUCUAAAGUCAUGUUUAAAUGCCUUUAUUUUAAAUUGCAAGCUCUUGUCUUCUAUUAGAGAAACAGUCAAAAAUAUUUUGUCUGUUAUUAAAUAUGUUGGUCUGCUACCAGUUUUCAUCAUCUAAUGUCCCGAUGUGUCAUAAACUAUUUGAUGUCUUUAGAAAUGUUCAGUCAGUCAUCACUGUCACUUGAUUUGUUUCUAGAUCCAGUUUUAGGUCACAAAUUGUUUUAUGGGUAAUUAGGUUCAAGGUAAUUAGAGGACUGUCUGCUGCCACAUGAGACUGCCUGUCUGCUGAGAUCUUUGCAAGAGAUUGGUAGAAAUCCCUUCCCUUGGAGAUCCCUUUGCCUUCUUCCUUCUCAUUCCUCUGAAGGCAGUCUUUUUAAUGUUUAAUGAUUCCAUAUUUGGAUUUUUAGGCUCUGGUUGCUAACAACGUAUGUGUUUACCAAUUAUUUUUUAAAUUGAUGGAUGACAUAUUUAUUUCUAUUAUCUAAUUUUAUUGAUUGUAGUUUCAGGGCAACUUGCAUGGUGAAAAAGUGGGAUACAAAUGCCAUCAAAAUAAAUAAAUAAAUAAAUAAAUAAAUAAAUGGACAGUCAAGGAAAAAUUCUUAAACUUCAAAGUUGUACAUUGCCUCUGCUUAACAUUUAGCAAUUCAACUGUAUAUUUUAUAAGGCUCGUCUAGUACAUGCAACAAUAA